AUGGCGGCCUCAAAAGAAUAUCCUCGUAUUGUCGCAGUGAGGACGUUCCUUGUCGCGCCCGACCCACGGAAAUCGGAGGCGGACAAGCCUGGGCACUGGCUUUACUAUCAAGAGAUUGCCAACCCGAUGUCCAAGUACUCCAUAUAUAAAGACCGCCGCGAAAGCUGGGGAGUCGAUGUGUUGAAAGACUUCUGUGUCGAGAUCGAGGCCUCAAAUGGCACGAAAGGCUUCGCCAUAGGCCAUGGAGGGUUUGUCGGCUGUUUCUUGACAGAGCAGCAUUUCAAGCGGUUUCUCAUCGAUGCCGACCCCCGGGAUACGAAUUUAAUAUGGGACCAAAUGUACCGUGGCUCACAGCAUUACGGGCGCCGGGGUAUUACCAUGAUGAUCAUCAGUGUGAUUGAUCUGGCUCUAUGGGAUUUGUUGGGCAAGAUUCGCGGAGAGCCCGUGUACAAGAUGAUAGGAGGUCAAACUAAGGACCGACUGGCUGCGUAUUGCACUGGCCCAAACCCAGACAUCGCUCGAGAGCAAGGCUUUUGGGGAGGCAAAGUGCCAUUGCCUUACAGUCCCAGCGAGCCAAACAGCUUACAGAAGAAUUACGAUGUCCUCGCUGCCCAUCGAAAGAAAGCUGGCCCAGAGUUUCCUCUCAUGGUCGACUGUUAUAUGUCGCUCAAUAUUCCAUAUGCCAUCAAGCUCAUAAACAAGUGUGCUGACCUGGAUAUCGAGUGGUGGGAAGAAGUUCUCAGUCCGGAUGAUCAUGAGGGUUACGGCCAACUGCGACAGGCAUUGCCGCACGUCCGGUGGGCCACUGGCGAGCAUGAGUACACGCGAUGGGGGUUCCGCAAGCUAAUUGAAAACCGUUUGCUUGAUGUCCUCCAGCCCGACGUCAUGUGGUGCGGUGGAAUGACUGAGCUUGUUAGGAUAGCAACGCAUGCAGCUGCCUACGAUAUCGAUAUUGUUCCUCAUGGGACCAGUCAUUACACUGUCCAUUUUUGCAUGUCACAGCAGAACGCACCACUAAUUGAGUAUGUCGCUUACUCGCCAGACGGUCGCAAUGUUGGGCCGGUACAUGGUGACUUCUUCAUCAAGGAGCCUUUGCCGACGGGUGGUCUCGUGGAGACGAAGGAAUUUGACAAACCGGGCUUCGGCCUCGAAAUCAGUCCGCAUGUCAAGCUUGUGCCAGCGGAAGAGUUGCUCAAACCUUUCUAUGACAUAUUUGGGAAGCAACAACGAGCAUUAUCUGUACACGCAAAUUAA